UCGGCCUCUGCCGCUCGCAGGCUGUCGGGGGACACCGGGACUUCCCAACCCUCCAUCCUCGGAGAGGGAGGAGCCGCCAUGGACAGGACCUCGGUGGCCAAAAUGGGAGCGGUGGCCAGCGCCAGCGUGUGCGCCCUGGUGGGGGGAGUCGUCCUGGCCCAGUACAUCUUCACCAUGAAGAAGAAGACGGGCAGGAAGACCAAGAUCAUCGAGAUGAAAUCCAAAUUUGCCUGCUGCAUCCAUCAAAGCUGUUCAUUCAGUGAAGGUCAAAGGUUCUGUUGUUGGUGCACCAGCUGAUCGUCUGUAAGCUGUAUCGCUGAGCAUAACAAAGUGCUGUGCAUUGCUGAUGUGCGUCACAGGACCCUGGGUUUUUGCACAGGGAUUAGUCAGGCUGUAUUUGGAAACGCCCUCAACUGCACCUUGUGCUGCUAUAUUAGUGUUUCCCAAGCAAGAAGAAUUUUCUUUCACUCCUUCAGCUGCUCCGGCAAACCCCUCCGCCUGUAUGCAAGCCCUGCAUCUCUGGACGUUGCUUACCACCUAUGCUGUUGCAGUAGGACAAAAUCAAGGACAGAAGAAUCAAGAGUGCCCUAAGCUCAACGCACAGAUGCCAGAAUUUCAGAAGAAGACUGUCCAUAUCAAGGACCCAGGAAGAGUAGAAGAAAUCAUCUGUGGACUCAUCAAAGGUGGAGCUGCCAAACUUCAGAUCAUUACAGAUUUUGAUAUGACAUUAAGUAGAUUUUCUUACAAUGGAAAAAGAUGUCCAACAUGUCACAAUAUCAUUGAUAACUGUAAGCUCAUCACAGAAGAAUGUCGGAAAAAGUUAUUGCAGCUGAAAGAAACAUAUUAUGCUAUUGAAAUUGACCCUGAUCUUACCAUUGAAGAAAAAUAUCCUUACAUAGUUGAAUGGUACAAUAAAUCACAUACUUUACUUGUUGAACAAGGUUUACAAAAGGAUAAAUUUGCAGAAAUCGUGAGGGAAUCUGAUGUUAUGCUCAAGGAAGGGUAUGAGAACUUCUUUGAUAAGCUCAAUGAACAUAAUAUUCCUGUGUUCAUAUUUUCUGCUGGGAUUGGAGACAUUCUAGAAGAAGUCAUCCAUCAGGCUGGCGUCUACCAUUCUAAUGUCAAAGUAGUUUCCAAUUUCAUGGAUUUUGAUGAGAACGGUGUGUUAAAGGGAUUUAAAGGAGAAUUGAUUCAUGUUUAUAACAAACAUGAUGGUGCUUUGAAGAACACAGAGUACUUCAAACAGUUAAAAGACAACAGCAACAUCAUAUUGCUUGGAGAUUCACAGGGAGACUUAACUAUGGCAGAUGGAGUAGCAAAUGUUGAACACAUUCUUAAGAUUGGCUAUCUAAAUGAUAAAGUGGAAGAGCUUCUGGAAAAAUACAUGGACUCUUAUGAUAUUGUUUUGGUAAAAGAUGAAUCUUUGGAUGUGGCCAAUUCCAUCCUACAGAAAAUCCUGUAAAUUGCAUCCUCAAGUCACUCUACUUCUCCUAAUGGGACAACUGGACAGAAGAGCACAUUUGUGGUGUCUUAGAGAUGUUUAUUAUUCAUAUUGUUUUCUGAACUCUUGUAAUUCUUAAUUUUAAAAAUUUUGAUCAUUUUGGUAUCUAAAAGUAAUAUACAGCAUCCAUUGUCAACUGGAAGCUUUACUGUUCUUAUGCCACCCCUCACUGUCUCACCUCUGCUCUGUUUUAACAGAUGUGAUUAACUUUACUGCUUAGAGGACAUUACAAUUUGUUCUUUUAAUCAUGCAUAUGAGAGGGGUGUUUUAGAAACUGGAGUUAUUUUGUAACAUUUAAGAUGUAAAGAUUCUGUGAUUAGGUAAUGUGCAGGGGUCUGUGUUGCGUUUUGUACAGUCCUGAGUUCUCUCACGCAGACAGCUAUUUUCAAGAAUCAUAGUUGCACUUGAGGGCAGUGGUUAUUUUAAUGUUUCACAGUACAAGUUUUCAUAAUUCCCCCCCCCCCCCCCCAGUGAAAAUGAUACAACAUAAAGAUAUUGUGCUUCAGACA